AUGCUUUUCUAUACUUUGGUGGACGAUAUGGGAAAUGCUCUUAUCUAUCAGGAAGCUGACAGUUUACUUAUUGACACUCUCUACGAGGUCCUUGUAUUCAUGGGUUCGGCUAGACUUGCACGCUUCAUCUUGGAGUACUCUCUCAGCAGCAAGGCUGAAAGCAACGAUAUACUCGGCCUCCUACCGUUGGAUAAGGUGGCCGUCCGACACCACGAGCAAUUGGUAGACCGCAUCAACCAACGCCAGACCGGCUCUGGCUCGUUCACUAAGCAUCAGCAGGCAAUCGAAGACAAGUAUCUGUUUUUGGCACCGUUGAGAGCAGACUUUCAGGCCCUGAUAGACAAAGUAUCCACUGCUCGAACCAUGAACUGUAAGAUUAAGAUAAAAGGUGAUGUGCUCAAAUGGGAGCAUGUCACUUCUUCGAUCAACGAGAUGCUCAAAGCUCAUGAAGACAAAUCUAGGAUCGAGACCACCGUAAGGCUGAAGCUUAAGGACAUUGACACUUAUUGUUUCACUGCUAAUAGUAUUGAGAUUCUUCACUUGGAGGUUCCGGAGAUUUCGGACGAGGUGGACGAUGCCGAGGAGGAAUCUACUUCUGAAGGGGAUGCUAGUAAACAGGUGGAGGAGGACCACAUUCACGAACCCACAGACCUACAAGAAAGUGAAGCUGCUCCGAGCGAGGAGAUCUCGACCGAAGUUGAGAAAGCUGCUGGAGAGUCUCCAGCCCUUGAUCAUGAAGGCGGUUCAGUUCCUCCUACGGACACAAUAAACGAAACGCACGAGGAAGGAAAUCCUGAAACCUCCAAGUCUACGCCAAAAUCCAUAUCCAAAGGCAUCCAGCGUGCAUCCAAAAGACUCCAGAAAUCCGAACUCGAAUUCAGCUAUUUGCCCAACUUGGAUGUCACCCCGGCGAUGUUUUCUGAAACAACUAGGUUUUUCAGCGACAUUAAUACCUUUCUCCUGAAGCUUAAUGUGGGAGAACUGCUCUCUUUAGGAGACAUUGCCUCUAAGUUUGUGGAUCCUGGUGACAUCACCAACUUCACCACCGAUUUCAUAGAUGUUUUGGACUUGUAUGAGCCUUCUAUUCAUGCUAAGGCAUUAAUGGAAGCAUGGAGAUUGAGGCAAAGCAGGCUCAAGGAUACCACCGAUCACGAAAACGAAAAAUUGAAGCUUUUGGAAGUGUUGAAAUCGUUCAGUUCGACCACAAAGUCAUCUACGGAGCUCAACAAUGGUUUUGAUGAACAAGGUGAUAUAUAUUCUCCUGAAAUAAUUGCCGACUUCAUCACUAAAGCCAAUGACAAGAAAUGCCAUAUAAACGAUAUCAAAAUCUCCAUAUUAAGGUUUUUGAUGGGAAACCAAAAAAAUGGCUUGUGUCUUAUAUGUGACACACACUGGCUGGACAACCUCCUUCAUGAUGUCAAAGGAUGGGUGAAUCAAUUGGAACUUCAGCUCUUACAAGAGUCUGAAAAUGCCUUGAAACUCCCAACCACUCCCACCUUGCUAGACGAGUUGACCUUUUCCACCAGUGUAUUUGAGCUACUUGUCGAUACUUAUGUGGACCAGAAAAGCAAAGUUGACCUCUUAAUAUCCCAAAAUGCUGAUCGGGGGUUCCAAAAAUCGUUGAAAGCAUCAUUAAACACUCAGAUAUCUGUGGUUACCAAGCUUAAAAGUAUCUUGGAGAGAUGGAUACUCCACCUUGAAGGUAUUUUGUAUAUCUUGAAGGAUUCUGUCUACACUACUCUUGUAUCAUUCAAAUCAUUUGUCAGGUUCCAAUGGUCAAUGGCUUAUAAGGAGAGACUGGAUAAUGCUAACUUCCGACUCAGCAAGUUUUUAACAGCUAGGUUAAGUCAAUUAAGUGAGCUCCUCGAAUCAAAGCCAGGGUUUGAUGUGGCUGUGAAGAUGGCCAACUACAAAUGUAUCAAGGACAUAAGCUCGAGGUCUAUCUACUUAUUGUCAAAUACAAUCACGGUAACAACGGUGUUCGCUAAGAUUUUGUAUGCCAAAGAUGGAGACAAUAACGAAGAAGCCAUAAGCAUUUUAGAGAGAACCUUAAUUGGAUCUGAGUAUUUUAAUGACGGGAUUGAUGGUGUUGAUAGUUCUGCUAUUUCCUCGGUGAAAGCCCUCUUGCAGGAAUCAAGUACUGAUAUGAAGUUCAGCCUUUGGACCAUCCUUUUCCUGUACUACAAUUAUUCUUCCAAUUUAGAGCGGUUCCAAUUCGGCUUUGAGAGAGUCUUAGAGUCAAUCCUUAUAGACCUCGAUAGUGAUACCUACAAAAAGGAAGAGAUUGAUAAUAGGGCUUCGACCUUGUUGAAAAUAUUAUCAUUAUUCGACGAAUACUUAACCAUGUUCUUGGACCAUUUGUCUAAAAACGCAUGGAAGCUAACAUACAAUUCAGAUAAAAUGUCCUCCUACAAAGAGACCUUAAAGAGACUAUUGGUUGUAUUUCAACUCCUAUACAUGUUCAGUCUUCAUGAAGAGGCUGCCUUGAUAACAUCCAAGAAGAUCACCUUAUACGAAAAGUCCCGUAUGGCAUAUAACAAGUUUAAAGGUUUUAUCAUGAGACUUACAACUGCGAUUGUUUUGUACUAUGAUUUGUUGGUUAAAGGCGAUUAUACUGCCAGAAUAGCUGACAUCAGCUUGGAUCUAUUAUCUUUGUUUCAUGAUCAGUUGGGUAAUAGAAGGCUCUGUGAUUCUGGGGACGGGAUAUUCCUUUUGUUUUACCAAGAUGUUAUUCUCCAGUCUGAUUCCACCAAUCGUCAAAGUGAUAUCCUCCAACUUUUGUCUUGUAGACACCAUUGGAACAUUUCUUCGAAUAACUUCACUCCUGUGAAUCAUGACACGUCUGCUGCUACUCAAUUGAAUAAGGAUUCUGCGUUCAGCAUUUCCAAGUUGGUAUUACCGCUUUGUUUAUCGAGACAACCCAUUGUCAAUCCCCCUAAAGGAGACUUGAAGUCGAUUAUCGACGAGUUCUACGAAGUGAUAGGGGACCCAAUCUUUGAGACGUUGAGUCCAUUGGACCAAAAUAACAAUAUUUUGAGUCAUGUUUUGGAUGACACUGUUGUAAGUGGUGCAUUGGUCAAGGAAUGCUUUUACGGGCUUAGAAAAAUCAAUUUUUUGCUGCCAGGGAAAAGCGAGUUGACGGAAAUUGCCCAAGGGGGAUUGUAUUAUCUACAAGGCUUGUUGGUGUUCUCAUCUUACAAGGUAAGGAAGAAGUCAAUGCAAGGCCGGUCCCUUGAACUUGAAAAUGUCAUCAAGCUUUUGAAGAAUGACCUUGUAUACGCAAGCAACCGUGUGGAAAGCUGGUUACUCCUCGGUCAAGCGUAUGGAUUCCUUGUAGAAGAUGACCUUAUUUGGACUCCUGAUAAACUCACUGCCAUGGAAAAGAAAAUCGCUACGGCUAAUCUCCAAAGAAAGUCAUUAAUCUGUUACCUAAUGGCUAUCAACUUCUCAAAAGAAGCACCACCUAAUAACUUAAAGGCAAUUAUUGGUGAGUUAAUGUCUAGUUUUGCCAUAGAGAUGUUCAAUGCCUGCAUGAUUCCCAUGUUGAUGAUGGCUUUCAAAGUCACGGCAAAUCCCAAAUUUGUUCAUACUCGGGACGAAAACAAAUUUGUGACAGUUCAGGACAACCCUCCCAUUAGAAGAUCAUUUUGUUUCAAGAUUAUUCAGCAAAGUUUGCAUUUGGCCAUCAAAUCCAAUUCACAAGACUGGAUCAAUUAUUACUACCUUUCCAAAGUUCAAGGAAAGCUUAAGUUGCCGAUGGAAAUGAUCAUGGAAACACUCAUCGAUGCUUGUCAUCACUCUUCCAACGUGUCGACUCCUGAGCUUAUACUCGAACCCCACUAUAGGAUCUGUUCGGUGGCAUUUAAGGCUAUCAAAAGGAACCAGCUCCUUCCAAAAUCAGCGGUGGAGUACCUCCUUAAAGACUCGUUGUUUAAAGAGAUACAAGCUCCUUCUUUCGAAACAGACAACCAAAAGCGAGAAGGGUAUGAAUUUGUUGUCGAGUGUUUGAAGAAGAUCGCUCAAACUGACAGAAAACGGUGGCAUCAUAAGUAUCACUAUAGAUUGGCCAAGAUAUACUUCGAGGAGCUUGAUAACAUCAAAGCAGCCAUUGAAGAAAUGUCGAUCAUAGUGUCCCUCAAAGCCACUAGUAAGACGUUGGUGCUGAUUUGGAAACCAGACAUUGAAAGACCAGGAAAGCAUUUUUACUACACUUCGCAGUAUGUGUUGUUGUACAUUGACCUUUUAUAUGCCGACAAAAACUUGGUGGGGCUAUUUGCAAUGGUUCCUCGGUUAAGGAGGUCUAGUACCAUCAUGGUGUCGUUGUUUGCUACCUGGGAAAAGCUCUGCUCCGUCAUCUGUAAGCUUGUUCGUUACUUGUACGACGUCAAAGAGACCUUCACCGAAAGCUUUUUGCACACCCCCAUUCACCUUUUCUUUAACCAUGUCCAGCAAAUUAACAUGAACUUGAAGGGCAAGGAAUUACCCGAAUCACUUCAACCAGCUCUUUGUCUUUUAAAUGUGUUGAACGAGUUGAAGAAACUCAACAGUGGUUUUGGUCCUACAUCCUUAAUUGACGACACGAUUGUUGCGGUCUUCGUUAACGUAUAUUAUCAGAUACAAGCGGAUACGGCUGUUACACUGCAAGUGGAAUCCCCCAAGGGAAAUAAGAGACUUGCUAAGAAAGACAUCUUCCCAUGUGUGUCUGAUAUCCUCAAGAACUGCAAAAGAGAGGUGGAUGCUCUUGUUAAGAACAGCCCCGACUUACUCAACGAGUUUGCUCUUAAGAAACAACAGGAGUUUGACCAGAGGGAUCUCGAGAAGCAGAAUACACCAGUUCCACAAAAAGUGGCCAUCAUCGUAACUCCUCCCACCGCCGAUAUCAAUCCUGAGGACGUGCAAUUGAGCUCACAGUCGGUGGAAUAUCAUUCUGCUCCCAGUGCACCUGCUACACCCACACCGGUACCAGUACCAGUACAGAGCCCACUCAAGAGACUUGUGGAGCAAGACGAACCUGAUGAACCCAAAAAACCCCGGGUGGUUUGA